ACCGGCCCGCGAUCACUUGGCCCGGAAAAAAGUUCCCAAACUGGCUAAAAAGAGCAAACAAAAAAACGAAACUGCGUCGCGCCGCAUCUGCCAACAAUUAAGUUAAUACAAAAAAAAUAAACAACGAACUGGCCAGCGCCCAUCAGUCAACAUCAACACACCGCCUUGAGGAUAUAUAGCUCGAUCCUCUGGCUCUUAAAAAAACACACACACAAAAAUAGAAACAAAAACUAACGACCAUCGUUACGUCCAUUCAACCGAUCGGCAACCCACGCAAAACGACAAAACGCUUAAAUACAAAUCGUGAUAAAUUUUUGCUAAAUUGUGCAAACGUUAUUUGAUGAUUUUUUCGGUUUGCCCGUUUGUGUUGACUAAUUAAAAUUUGACGUGCAUACCAAAACUCCAACUUCGACAACCUUAAAGCGAAAAAGUCAAAAAAUAAAAAAACAAAAUUUUCGCAAAAACGACACUUAACAAGUGAAUCAAUAUUGUGUGUGCCGAACGACAGCAGUAACAGCAAUAAUAAUAAUAAUAACAAAAGCAUCAGAGACGUAAAAACGAACCAACAACAAAUACACAAUAAAUGUAAUUAGAACUGCGCAAAUUACUUAGAACUGCAAAAUCGUUUGUUCUACCCCCCCACACACAGAUACACAACAAUCCACACCACACCAGACAAAAAUUAGCCACAAGUACACCCCCACUAACGCACGAGGAAUGCUGUUUUGAGCUGAAAACCAUUUAAAUUUCCCAGCUUAAAUGGAAAAUGCGAAAAGUUCAAACAGCUCGAUGAGACUGUCGCACAAAGAGCUUACAUAGGGUUGCGAUUCUUCACAGAGUGAGAAGUGCCCCCUGACCCCAGGAGAGAGAAGAGUAAAGACAGCGGAGAAAUAGCAGCAACAGUUAAAGAUACAACGAGGAGGUAUCCAAAAGAUACAAUGCAACUGCAAUCCGGAGCAGCGGCGGCGACAACAAAUGGCGGGCCAAGGGUCAGCUUCAAUCGAGAUGUGCACGUGAAACGGAUAGGCAAGCAUCCCAGCGAAUACGGUGACUUGGCUAAUCUUCAAAGCUACCACCAGCUUCCGCCGGACAUCGAUCCCGAGGACAUUCGCAAGGAGGCUGCCCUGGUGAUAGCCCAGGCGGGCAGGCAUCACAGCAAGGCCGAGAACGGCGAUCAUAUUCCGAAUUUCAGGGUGAAGCAUCCCAAGCGCCAGAGCCAGACCAGUGACUUCAAUUCGCUGCCCACGAGGCGCAAGAAAAGCGGCAAGCCCGUGGCCCGUAGUGUCAGCGACGCCUCCAGCAAGAAGCCUCCCAGUAAGAGACCGUCGAUCUUCGGAUUAUUUGGCGGAAAGAAGACCGAGUCGAAUGCCAGUCAGCUGGACAGAGAUCCGCGAUUCGAGGACGGCGGUGCCAGGCGCUUAGUGCGAAGCAAAAGUGAUGUGGGCAGCAGCAAGGUAGCUGCCAGGAAGUCAAAUCCCGAGGAAAGGCCCUCGCAGUCCAAACAGCAGCUGAGUCCCAUUAUAGAGCAGUCCCAGAGAGAGGACUUUUUCGAAAAGGAUUAUUUUCGAGAGCGCGAGCGUCGCAAAUCGGAUGCCGUUACACUGCGCGAAAAAGAUGAGAGUGGCCGUGGCCUGAGGGAAUUGCUAGCCCGCAGUCGCUCCCAGGCAGAGCUAGAUGGUCCAUUGAUCACAGCAGAAGCUCCAGUCACAGCUUCCAGUACUUCCAUAUCGGCGGGCAUAAGAGACCGAAUUGAGACCCUGAAGGCAAAGUCCGGAGAAAACAUGCACAGUUCCCAGCAGCCGGCGGAGCGUCUGCCCCUCACCAAGGGACGGACGGUGGAUGGCCUGGUCAAGAGGCUGUCAAUGGAGCGAUUCUCCCCUCAGCCAGUGAUUAGUCAGCCGGGUUUCUCCUAUAUACGGCCCAAUGAUGGCAUUACCUACGCCCAGUUGGACUUGGGUGAAGAUCAAACCCUGCGCAGGGAUGUGCGCACUCCCCAGAGGGAGAUACCUCCCGUGGCGGCUCCAGCAAGGCCUCCAAGGGCUACUGAUUCCAGACCCAGCUACUCACCCACAUCGCCAGUGAAUGGGGCACCUUUGUCCCACCGGCCCAGUCACUCUCCAUCACCCUGGCAGCAACUGAGUCCUCGGAACUUGAGCGACGAGGACGAGGGCUUGGGCUACGAACCACGGAAGGUCUACUACGAGGAAGAUCUUUCCCGAAGAUCAGAGCCACCCAUAGUGCCGGUCAUUAGAAGCGUUAGUCCUUCCCCUUAUCUGGAUGAGCUGGGCUACCGAAGGGCCCAGCUAGAGACUCGCAUCCUCACCCGGCGCUUCGGUGAGGGAGCCACCUUGGAGAGAAACAGACCCACUCCCGAACGGGAGCCAGAACGUUUUCAGCGGGUAACUGUCCGCCAAGAGCCGGUACAAGAAAAUGGCUCCACAAUGCCUAGGAUGGAGAAGACCUCCAGGUACCGCCACACCAAAUACUAUGACGAUGGUCAUGGCGGUGUCAAGGAGACUUACGUGCGGGAGACCCAGAGGGAUGGACAAGUACGAGAAUCCCGGCACCGGGAGCGUAUUGGAGAAAGAGAUCGGGACUACAACUCCGCCGACAGGUUGGAGCAUGAGCCCAAGAGCCUGGACUCACAGUUGACGGACCAGUACCGCUCCUCCCCGGAAUUGCGGGCCCAACAGCCUUUGCACAGGGAGCAGCGGGAAGGGCAGGAGUACUGGCAGAGCAGCCUCAAACGGGACAAACUCCAGCAAAGGAGCUUUGACAAGGGCGAUUCCGGAAUCGAGAACGAUUUCCGUAAGGAGUCCUUCAAUGGAGAUCUGACCACAAGGUGGCGCAAGCGCACUGUUCAGGACGACAUGAGGGCCUGCGAGUCCUUUUUGCGGAAGGAGCGCCGGGACAGUGCCCAGCAGCAGCGCCAACUGCAGCAGCAACGCCAGUCGGCGCCAACGCGCCUCCGGCGGGAGCACAGCUACGUUUACAGGGAACGCUCCAUCGACGACGGAUCCCACUUCGAUCCGCACCUGGACAAGUACCCAGUAGCCACCAGUACUUUGCGUCGGCGAGAACAGCACUCCCAGUCCCAGUCGCAGUCCCAGAGUCGCGAAGACUCGGGCACCCUGAAGCGAAACAAAAAACUCGGCGGCUUUGAGAAGGUCAAGCAACUGUUUACCGGAACAGGUGGUAGCCAUGGGGGCAGCGGUCGCAGCAGCGGCAGCAAUGUGUCCAGUGGCAAGAAGGACCGGAUGAGCAAUGGGAACAGCAGCACUCUCAGUCGCCGGGACAAGGAGAAGGACAAGGAGCGUGAGCGCUACAUGGUCCGGGAGGAGGAGAUGCGGUCACGCUACCGGGAGCAUCAUUCCCAGGCCGAGGAGACCUCGCGCGAACCAAAGACUAUUGAUAUCUCGAUGCGACGUCGCUUGUCCACGCCCAAAGCUAGUCCCCUGCUGGUGAAGCGAAGUCCGGCUGACAAGCCGCCCAAAAAGCAGCCCAAAGCAAAGGAUGCGACGCCCCCGAAGGUCGAGAAAACCAGUUGGUUCAGGUCACUGGACCGUCGGGCCAAAAGCAGUCCCAAGGAGCUGAAUGUCUCUGUCAAUGGACAUAGUGAGACCACUUCGAGCCUGAAGCGGACCAAACGCAAUCCCACAACUGCCCCAGCCAAGAACCUACGUUUCUUUGGCGACACUGACCUGGACUCCAAUCCGCCAACCAUUUCCAAGGCCAGCAGUAUGCCAAGGAGUCGCCCAUCUCUGGGCCAGUCAAAGCACUCGCAGAGUGCCUUUAACCUGGACCGCAGUCCACCGCCUUUAGGGCGUGACUACCGCCACUCCCUGGCCGGCCAGGUGAAGUCGCAGACCCAGAACAGCAGCCGGCAGAGGGCCAGCUCCAUGCAGCAUCUGGAUAACGGUGGCAGCGAUGAAGUGGACUUCCGAAAGAGGCGGCACUACUCCAGAUCGCGGGAGCUUCACGACAUCUCCGAGAGUGGCUCGGAACCAGAGCCGGCGGAGCGGCACAAACGCAGCAGCACGGCAGGACAAAGGGCCAUGUCCCUGGAGCGGACGGUUGAUGGCCCCAGAAGCCAGCGUAUCGAAGACCGCCAGAUGAUGGGGCCAGCCAAACCAGCCAGAGGAGCUGAUCGACGCGGUCUGCUCAAUAGCUUAGGCCAGGAAAACUUGGGCUACGGCAGGGAUCGCUAUCCGGCGGAGAGUUCUGGUACGGAGGGCGAGUCGAGCCUGCACAGUCAGCGCAGUGUGGUUUACCUGCACGCCACCACAGUGGGCGACAUCCCACAGCCAUACAACCUGCGCCGGCGGUCCAUGUCGCGGGAUGACCUUCGCAAAGGCAAGCAGCAGUCACCCCAGCAGCCGGCGCCACUGCAGCCCAUGACCCGAACUGUUUCCCGAUCCGUUUCCAUGCUGGCUCCCUGGAAGCCCAAACAUAUCAGCGAGGGCUACGAAAUCAAUUACUCCCAAGAGCAAAACAAGCGGAUGUCCACAUUACCACGGAAACCACCGCCCCACAAUGGAGCCACCAGUGCCAGUACUUUGAGCCGUUUAAGCCGCAAAACGGAGACUUCGACGCCCACGCGCCGAUACCACAUGGACAGCCUUGAGCGCCCACCACCCCCCAGGUCGGUGCUGUCCUCAUCGAAUUUACGCAGCGCCAAGAUGAAGUGAGAAUCCGGAGCCAAGGACUCCGUCUGGUGCUCCAUUGUGGAUGACCCACAACCUAGUUGCUAAUUGUAAUCUUUAAUGCGAACUCGAAAUCGAUAGCCACAUAUCGAAAGUAAUUCUAAUCAAUUCAAACGAUGGAGGAUGAGGACGAAAGGAUCUGCAUCCUGCCGAGAUGCGACCGAUGCCUUUACUUAGUUGCGUAGAAAUUCUUUAACCUUUGUUGCAAUUCUCGUCAUAUUUUAAAAGUGAAAUGUAUUCAUACUUCAGUAAUAAUUAUAAAUUAAUAAAAUAUCAGACUUUAACUUAUA